UGACCGGAGGAGGCGGGCUUUUGGGACCGGCGCCUUCUCCUUGCUCUUUGGGGUCGUGGCCUUGCUCCUACCCGGCAAGGGAAGCGUCCUGGGCUUUCACGCGCAAGUGUGCGCGUGGGUCCUGACGUGCUCGUAGGUCCACGCUCAGACUCUGUGGGGACAGAAACUGGAGCCAUGGGUGGGACCGCUAGCACUCGCCGGGUCACCUUCGAGGCGGACGAGAACGAGAACAUCACGGUGGUGAAGGGCAUCCGGCUGUCAGAGAAUGUGCUCGACCGGAUGAAGGAGUCCUCUCCAUCUGGCUCUAAGUCUCAGCGAUAUUCCAGUGUUUAUGGUGUUUCAGUUUCUGAUGAAGAAUUGAAAAGAAGAGUAGCCGAGGAGCUGGCAUUGGAGCAAGCCAAAAUGGAGUCGGAAAACCAGAGACGCCUUAAGCAUGCCAGGGACCUAGAAAGAGAGAGAGCUGUGGCCAAUGAGCAGCUGACCAGAGCUAUCCUUCAGGAAAGAAUAUCCAGUGAGGAGGACCGCACAAAGGUGAAGCAUCUGGAUAUUGAAGACAAAGCUCGGCAGCUGGAAGAGAAAGAUCGAAUGAUGCGGAAGCAGGAUGCGUUCUACAAAGAGCAGCUGACCAGACUGGAGGCGAGGAGCUCAGAAUUCUACAAAGUUACUACCGAGGAGUAUCAGAAAGCUGCUGAAGAGGUGGAGUCCAAGUUCAGGCGGUAUGAAUAUCAUCCAGUCUGUGCAGAUCUGCAGACCAAAAUCCUUCAGUGUUACCGUCAGAACACCCAGCAGACCCUCAGCUGCUCCGCUCUGGCCAACCAAUACAUGCACUGUGUCAACCAUGCCAAACAGAACAUGCUGGAGAAGGGAGGCUAAAGUUACCCUGAGAACAUGCAAAGCUCCUUCAACGUUAAUUCCAGAGGUGGAACAUUUUUUUCUUUUCGUAGUCUGAAAAUGACCCAAUUAAAGAGAAGACCACUAAAAACAGACAGGCACUGGAAUGUGGACUCAACUGAAUCAUAACGUGUUUUGAUCAACAGUUUAAAAAGCCACGGUUUAGAUCAGCGAUCAGUCAUCAGAGAACACUGUUAAGUGUUAAUGAAACCACAAAAUGAAUAAAAGAAAAGAGGUCCACCCCACCUUUUUGUUCUCUGUUUCCAACUUCUACUGACAUAAAGUGUUCUCUUCACUCCGGGCUCCAGCACUUAGUGACUUCACCCUGAGAAAGCUGGGAGGAGGGACAUUACAUUAUCUCAAAAUAGAGACAGCAAGAAAGCACUGGGCUGGGGCGGCUGUGAGGCUGGGUGUGCGCCUCUUGCUAUAUAGGAGCUAAUUCCUUGUAACUUAUGAUGAUCUUCCAAGACAGACAGACAGGAGAGAAAAUGUACCUCUUUUACUGGAAUAAUGUUUAUGAUUGCAGGUAAAAUAAGGUAUUUUUGUCAAUAUAAAGGCAACCUUGGCUUAUUCAACCAAGUAGUGAAUACUGACAACUUCACUCACUAUCAAUAAUAAAUCUAUUUUCUGACAAAG